GCCUCCAACAAGAUAGUACUUAUCGUCGUCAAAUCUCUCCUCCCGUAUAUCAGCGCUCAGCGGAGUGCGGAGAGAGCUCGAACUGGAAAAAAUGGCGCUAAUGACUUCCAUAAUUCGUCGAAGAAUCCGAUUAAAUUCGCUGGGGCAGUACCAUAUACUGUCGCAGAGAAAAACGUUGGCCUCCUCAUCGGAGAAUAAGAAGCCAUGCAUAGAGAAAAUUCUAAUCGCCAACAGAGGAGAAAUCGCUUGUAGAAUUAUGAAAACUGCCAAGAGAUUGGGGAUUCGAACUGUAGCAGUUUACAGCGAUGCAGAUAAAGAAAGCCUUCAUGUAAAAUCUGCGGAUGAAGCUAUUCGAAUUGGGCCGCCUCCGGCUCGAUUGAGCUAUUUGAAUGCUUCGGCGAUCAUUGAAGCUGCAACUCGUACUGGUGCACAAGCUAUACACCCUGGCUAUGGUUUUCUAUCCGAGAGUGCUGAGUUUGCUCAGCUUUGUGAAACUGAGGGGCUUACAUUUAUUGGACCUCCAGCAUCUGCAAUUCGGGACAUGGGUGAUAAAAGUGCAUCAAAGAGGAUAAUGGGUGCAGCUGGGGUACCACUUGUGCCUGGAUAUCAUGGAGAUGAACAAGAUAUUGAUUUUAUGAAGUUAGAAGCAGACAAGAUAGGAUAUCCUAUCUUGAUUAAGCCAACCCAUGGAGGUGGAGGAAAGGGUAUGAGGAUUGUGCAAAGUCCAAAUGAAUUUGUUGAAUCUUUUUUGGGAGCACAACGUGAGGCUGCUGCAUCUUUUGGCAUGAAUACCAUCUUACUAGAGAAAUAUAUUACUCAACCAAGACAUAUAGAAGUUCAGAUAUUUGGGGACAAACACGGUAAUGUUCUACAUCUCUAUGAGAGAGAUUGCAGCCUGCAGAGGAGGCACCAGAAAAUUAUUGAAGAAGCACCAGCACCAAAUGUUCUUAGUGAUUUCCGCGCCCACCUAGGUGAAGCUGCUGUUUCUGCAGCAAAGGCAGUUGCAUAUCAUAAUGCUGGCACUGUGGAGUUCAUAGUGGAUAGAGUUUCAGGUCAAUUUUAUUUCAUGGAGAUGAACACCCGGCUUCAGGUUGAGCAUCCUGUGACUGAGAUGGUUGUUGGUCAAGAUCUUGUGGAGUGGCAGAUCCGUGUUGCAAAUGGAGAACCUCUUCCGUUGAGUCAGUCACAGGUCGCUUUGAGAGGUCAUUCCUUUGAAGCUCGGAUAUAUGCCGAAAAUGUUCCAAAAGGAUUUCUUCCAGCAACUGGAGUCCUCCAUCAUUAUCAUCCUGCCCCUGUCUCACCAACAGUUCGAGUUGAGGCAGGAGUGGAACAGGGAGACACUGUUAGCAUGCAUUAUGAUCCAAUGAUUGCUAAGCUUGUAGUAUGGGGAGAAAAUCGUGAUUCAGCAUUGGUUAAAUUGAAGGAUUGCUUGUCAAAAUUUCAGGUCGCAGGCUUGCCAACCAAUAUUAAUUUCCUACAAAGGCUUGCCAAACAUUGGGCAUUUGAAAAUGGACAAGUGGAAACUCACUUUAUUGAGCAUUUUAAAGAUGACCUAUUUUUCGAUCCAUCUAAUGAAAUAUUGGCAAAAGAUGCAUAUAAUGCUGCUGCACUGGGUGCAACAUUGGUUGCUGCUUGUAUUUGCAAAAAGGAACAAGUAGCUUACAGGGAAAGUCUUCCUGGGGAUAGUAGUUUACUCUCUUUAUGGUAUGCUCAUCCACCUUUCCGAGUCCAUCAUUCUGCAAGGUGUACAAUGGAACUUGAGUGGGAUGAUGAGUAUGAUAACAGUAUCUCAAAGAUUUUGAAGCUUGGUAUCAAAUAUCAACCAGAUGGGAACUAUUUCAUUGAGAGAGGAGAUGGUGAUUCUCGUGGGAUAGAAAUUAAAGUUCUAUACCUUGGACAUCAUGAUUUCAGAGUUGAAACUGAUGGAUUAAGCAUGGAUGUUAGUUUAGCUGUUUAUACCCAGGGGUAUACUAAGCACAUCCAUAUUUGGCAUGGUAAAUAUCAUCAUCAUUUUAGACAAAGAAUAGGUCUUGAUCUGUCAAACGAUGAAGGCUCUCUGGAUAAGCAAAGUUUUGAAGCAGCAUCCCAUCCUCGAGGGACUGUGGUAGCACCAAUGGCAGGCUUAGUAGUAAAAUUACUGGUGAAGGAUGGGAUGGAAGUGAAGGAAGGGCAGCCUGUCUUGGUCUUAGAAGCAAUGAAAAUGGAGCAUGUUGUCAAGGCACCAUGUGCUGGAUUUGUCCGUGGGUUUCAAGUCAAAAAUGGCCAGCAGGUUUUUGACAGCAGUAUUCUCCUCAGUAUUAAGGAUGAAUAGCAGUGGUACUGAGCUCCUUUGUCCAGAAAAGCGCUGCUCAGACAAGGCCUCAGUUUGUCUCUGAGUUUGAACUGCUUUAUGGCAGCAGCGAGCAGGGCCAAUCUACGUUGCUUCGGUAAGAAAAUUCUUAUGAUAAAUAACUUGAAAAAAUGAAGAUAUUUUCUUUUAGUAGUUUUUAUUUCUUUAUAUGAAACCAAGUGUCACCAUAUAAAUUAUGGCUUAAAGCUUGUCAUUACUGCAAAUCAAAAGGAAUCUUGUAUAUUCUCAAUUUGUAAAAACAAAAGAAUUAGUCAAUCAAUAUUGGAGAUGUAUAUGUUACCUUUCUCCUUUAAUU